GUUGGCGACGGGCGAGUGGCCUCGGCGCGUCACGGUGCUUUUGUGGAGCCCCAGCCGCGAUUGCCGGGCGGCAAGAAGGCACAGCCAGAGAGGGCAGCCCGUGAGUUUGCGACCCGCAGAGCCCGGUGGGCGGGUGGAGGAGCUCUGUGCCCCCAAGCCAUGCCUUGAGACCGCUUCUACAGGCUUCUACGCUCGGCUUGAAAAAACCCGUUCCAGCCCGCCGCGGUUUUUGCGCGCGGCUAAAAGCGGUCUGUGUGCGCUCUACCGAUAGCGCCCCAGCGCGCCGCAAGGUCUGAGACACCGCGCUGAUAUCACUGAGUGGCUCAGUCGCAGCUCAGCUAUCAGCGCGCGCGGAUUAACUCAGUACCGGCUCCAACAGUCACAGCAAAAAGAAGCAACGCCGCGCAACCAUGAACGGCUUCUCCGUCCCCAUCCACCUGAAAGACCUAGAAAUCGGCGGCGGCAAGUACGUCGUCGACGGCGACAAGGCCGCCGCCGGCAUACCAAGAGACGCCGCCACGCAGCGCCAAGAAAUAGAGCGAAUUAGAGCAGAGCUCGAGACCAGCGGCGCACCAAGUGUAGUCGCCGAGUUCGACGCGUUGUAUGUGCUCACCAGAGACGCUGAAAGUUUGGACGCCCAAGCGCGAAGCGCGCUCGCGCAAGUCCUCUGCGAGACCGCUCUUGGUGUGGCCUCCGCCUCCGAAGCCCUGAAGCCCGGCGCGACGCUGGACAAGGAGGAUUUGGAUGAAGGCCGUAAAGCCUUCGUCAUGGCCGCGGUGCUCGCGCAAGCCGUUGUAGAAAAAUGCGACGCCGUGUCACUGCGCGAGAAGGCCUUGAAAGACAAGAAGAAGAAGGAUGCGUGGUCCAAAGAUAGAAUAGGGUGUUUGGAGGGCCUCCACAACGCUUUGAAGGCUAUUGACGUGGCCUGGCUCUGGAACCUCAGAGUGGUAGAUGAGGCUUGUUUACUGUUGUGGGUGAGAGCCGGCGCGAGGGCCCUGCCCUUGAGUCGAGGCGCGGCCAACGGUGCGCAACGAGCCGCGGCGCACGCCUGCGUCGUCGACGCCAUUACGAGCGCGCCGGUCGAGUUCGGCGCCCCCGCGGCCGCGGCGUUAGUCGAAGAUUUAGUACUCAGAGACGAGGCCGGCGCGAAGGAUGCGGCGGACCUGUGUGCGGCGGGCGGCGGCGGUCGUGUGGCCGGUGAUUUGCUGAGGGAGCUGGAUCGCGUGUCGGGCGAAUCUGGUGACAGUUCCGCGAAACUCGUGGCGGCCUUCGUCGACCACUUGGGCCAAAGGGCGCCGUCGGCCGCGGCUCCUCAUGUGGCGUCGUUGAAGGCUCAGUUAGCUUCCACUCACUACGGGCUGCGGUCUGCGGUCGUGUCCGCUUUGUCAAGUGUCGUGUGCGAGGACGCGGCCGACCGCCACGCGGAGAAGGAGAAGACCCUGUUGGCGGACGAUGCGAGAGACGCGUUGUUGGAUCUCGUCGUGGAGCGUAGUAGAGAUGCCUCGCACUGGACGCGGGCGGCCACGAUGCGGGCCUGUGCCAAGUUAGUGGAGCAUAGGGCCGUACCUCGAGACCGCUACGCCGACGUCGCGUCGGCCGUCUGCGGCCGGUUGAAGGACAAGACGGCUCAAGUCAGGAAGAACGCCCUCGACUCCGUCUGUGCUCUACUUGCACACAACCCGUUCGCCCCGGUCUUGGACCCGGCGCCCCACGAACUGCGGGCCGACGCUCUCCAAGCGGCGGCCGUCGCGGACCACGCUUCUACGGUACUGAGGGAUAGAAGAAGGGCCGAGGCCGUCCUCGCGAAACAAGAAGACGACUCGGUAGAGGUAGAACAGGUCGACGAGGCCCUCGAGGACGCGCUCCAGGACGAGCGAGACAAAAGGAGAGUGGAGCUCGACUACCACGUCGGCGUGCUGCGACUAGUACAUUGUGUGGAGGCCUCGCACGGGAUCAUCGACCGACUCGCGCGGUCGUCGACGGCGUCGGACGCCGUGGGCGCCGCGCGCGUCUUCGGCGCUUGCCGGGCCUUUGAGUUGCCUUCCGGAAAGACUGGACUCAGAGCCGUGUUGCGGUUAGCCUGUUCGUCUCACGACGCCGUCAAGGCGGAAGCUGCAAAAGUUGUUGCGGCUUCGUUGGACGUCCAGGCCUGCGAAACGGGUUCACACAAGGCGCUGGAGGCGGCGAAACGGGCCUGUUCUCUGAUCAAAGGAUGUGGAAGUGUCGACCUCCAGUGCCUCGAGGCGCUCAUCGCGGCCGCCGAAAAAGCCGCUGGAGAGAAGAAGGACUUUGAGAGAGUUGCUACGCCGAAACUAGUGAGGGCGCUCUGGGACGUGGCGUCCGCUUCGAAGGUCGACGCGUCGACGCGCGUCGCGGCGUGUCGGUUCCUAGCUACUUGUUGUAGUGCGGUCGGCAGCAAGGUUGUGGACGGUCCUGCGUUGUCAGAUGCGGCGCAGUUCGUGGUCGUUGAGGAUAGUGUCGAUUGCGCCUUGGCCGAAGCACUUGCGAGGUUGGUGCGCGAUAGCUCGAGAAACGGGCAGAAGCCGGAACUCGUGGCGACCUGUGCUCUGCUGCGGGAGGCCUUAUUUGCUCAUGAUUCGGGCGACGGCCACUGGUACGGGGCCUGCGACGCCGUCUUGGCGGCUACAUUUCAAUUGGAAGGCGAUCCUGAACAGUGUGUCGGCGACGCGCUGCGAAGCUUGGCGGAGAAGGCCCAGUUGCUCAGCGAGGAACCGGAGGGCAAGGCCGGUGCUCUAGCUCGUUGCUUACAUGCCGCGGGCGCCGCGGCGUUGUUGGGUCUCGUCGCGGUCGAAGAUUUAGGUUCCCGAAUGAAGAAGGGCGCUCAGCCCGUGAAGAAGGUGGUCGUCGAGGGCGACGACGACGACCUGGCGAACGCCGCUGGCGGCGCUGGCGAGGACGCGGAACGAGAUGCGCGAUUGCUACGCUUGGUUGAGGAGAAAAUUGUUGGAGUGAAAGCGGACGGCUUCGUCGCGGCGCUCGCACCGGUCGCGGCGAAGGUCGCGUCCAGAGCGUUAGCUAGACGCGGCGCCGUGCCCGGCGUCCUGCACCGGUCGGCGGUGUUAUUCUUAGCCAAGGUGUCCUGCGUGUCGCGCGGCGUCUGCGAGGAAUAUCUCCCGUUGUUGAUCACGACGCUGGCGCGAGCGCCGGACGCUCUAGCUAGACAAAAUGUAGCGGUAGCAUUAGGUGACCUCGCCUCGAGACAACCUAAUAGCGUGGAACCAUGGACGGAUCACGUGUAUGGGGCUCUUCGCGACUCGGACGCUACUGUGAGAGCGGCAGUGCUCGCUACUUUAGCUCACUUAGCGUUGAAUGACAUGAUCAAGGCGCGCGGCGGCGGCGUGGCCGAAGUGGCUCUGCUGGUGGUCGACGGCGACGACACGAUCCGAAGACGCGCGCGGGCCUUCUUUGAAGAAUUGCACAAGAAGUCGACGGCCCAAAGUUCGCCGAUCUACAACCUCUUGCCCGAUGUGGUGUCGCGGUUGUCUGCCGCUCGGCGGGGCCCCGUCACGCCCGUCGUCCAAGAAGAGGAGGCGCCGUCGUCGCCGAAGAAGACCCUGCGGUUCAGCGUCGCCCCGUCGCCCGUCCAGAACGAGGCCGCGAAGAAGUUGAGAUUCUCGGUAGCGCCCUCGCCCAAGAAACGCGUCUCGAUCCUCGAAGAGAAGGACGAAACGCUAUCCGCGGUAGACUUCCAGGCGAUCAUGGGCUUCCUCCUGAACUUCGUGGACAAGGAGAAGCACGCCGAGGCGCUGGCCGAGAAGUUGUGCCAAAGACUAGACGCGACCAAGGCUGAUGACGACGACGCGGUGGCGAAGGCGCGCAAGGCGACCGGCGACGUCGACGCCCAGACCGCGUCGCGGCGCGACUUGAGCUUUUGUUUAGGGCGGUUGAUGCUCACGGAGAAAGUCACUAGGAAGCUGGCCGAGAGCAUCGCGCUGUACAAGGACGCGUUACCGGACGAGGGCGUGUAUGCUGCUUUUACCGCUAUUGUGGCGAAGGCGAGAAAACUACCGAAAGUGGACGCGCUGAAGGAGUUGUUAGAUGACUGGGAGGCGAAGCUCCUAGCUGGUCAUGAACGUAGGUUGGACCUGGACGGGGCUGGACCGGCGGCUGUACCACAAUCGGCCAAGAAGAAGAAGGCGCCGGCCAAGAAGCGCGCGACGCGCAAGAAGAAGGUCGUCCAGUCGGACUCGGACGAUGAGGGCGGUGAUGCUCUCGCGGAGAACGUGCCGCGGGCGACGCGCACGCGGCCGCGGCGGGGCGUGCGCGCUUAGAUUCCUUUCCCCCCUCUCCCGUGUAAAAAGCUACUCACGGCGCGUGA